CGUCUUUGUCGGAGAACACCAUCGCCGCUCAGAACUGCCGGAGAUGUACAUCCUCCACGACUUACAGCAGAACCGAGCCACCAGCGUGGGGUGCUUUCAAGUACCGUAUGGCCGGCGGCAAAACAAGCUUUUUGGUAGUGCCAAUGGGUGGUCGUCUCAAGGUUGCGGCGAUAGCGGACAGGCGGCGCGGCUCUUAUCAGGAACAGCCCAUGCAUCUGGUUAUCUCGAUUUCCCUUCCGCGGAGAAAGAGGUUAUGGACUGGAGUCACUGUCCAUACCCAUACAUAACCCUGAGCCUCAGUCAGCAUUCUCAUAUAACCCUGGCUGCCGAGCCUAGCCUCCUUAUCGCCAGGGUCUUGGCCAAUCUCUGCCCCCUUUGCUCUGUCAUGGUCAGCCAUGAUGGAAAUCCCCAGAAAGAGUAGAUGGGAUGCGGGAGAGGUGCGGCCGAUAAGCAAAAGUCUGGACCAUCAAGCCACAGGGGCAAGCGUGGGACGAAUUGCCAUCAACGGAGAUGUUCAAUUCAUUACUUUGUCCUUCACUUGGACUUGGUGGUCUUGGAAAGUUGUUGGCGACGUCCAGAUAUAAGAGAAUGAAUGCCUUUGAGAGUGUCGGAAGAAUGGACUGCAUCAGUAGACUCACGCUGUACUACAUCUUGGUAUCAGAUCAGGCUUUCCAACAAGAGCCAGUCAGCCCCCCGCGCCCAGAACCAGUUCUCGCUCACCUGACUGCUUCAACCUGCUGAACUCUCGAGGAUUGAAAACAACUCGAGCAUUAUCCAGAUCACCACUUCUCCGUCUUGUUGUUCUGUCAUUCCAGCCUUUUAUCAGCCGCCCUUACUGCCCUUAUCGCUUACACCAUUACCUAUCAACCGGGUCAUCGGCAGCUGGCACCAACCGGACAUCGUCCGUCACGUACGGCAAUUGGGCUGCUGUUGCUUACAGCUAAUUGCGACGCUUCUUAUUGGUUGUGAUUCUGACAGUCUUACCUCACCACCAUCACUGACGACCAACUCAUCUUCACCAUGGUCCUCGGCUUCCAGUUCUCGUUUCAUUCACCACCACUCAACCCUGUCACCAAGAAGGCCCAACGCGUCCCCAUCUUCAACCCCAUCGACCGCCAUGGCCGUGUCUUUUUCUUUUCCUGGACGGGGUUCAUGGUAGCUUUUUGGGCCUGGUAUACCUUUCCUCCUUUGCUCACCCACACAAUCAAACACUCCCUCCACCUCACUCCCGCCCAAGUCGCCAACUCCAACAUCAUCUCCCUCCUCGCCACCCUUUUGGUGCGUCUCAUUUCCGGCUGGGCCUGCGACCGCUACGGCCCCCGCCUCGUCUUUGCCUUCAUUUUACUUUUGGGCGCCAUCCCCAUCGGUCUAGCGCCCACCAUCACCAACGUUACGGGUCUUUACGUCAUCCGCUUCUUCAUCGGUAUUUUGGGCGGCAGCUUCGUGCCCUGCCAGGUAUGGACCACGGCGUGGUUCGAUAAGAAUGUGGUGGGCACGGCGAAUGCGGUAGCCGGAGGAUGGGGAAAUGCCGGAGGGGGCGUGACGUAUUUCGUCAUGCCGGCUGUUUUUGACAGUCUCGUUCGGAACUGGGGGAUGUCGGAUGGAAAGGCGUGGCGGGUGACGUUUGUGGUGCCGCUGAUUUGUCUGCUGGUGGUUGGGUUGGCGUUGGUGUUGGUGUGUGAGGAUAUGCCGACUGGACGAUGGAGGGAUCGCAAUCAAGGUGUGGAGGUGCCGGUGGUUAUUGACGGUGUUGAUCUCAAGUCUGGGUCUGGCGCAGAAACUCCCAUGACGACGACGACGAAGAUGGACGAAGAAAAAGGAUCCAAAUCCGUGUCUGAUACCGAGUCGACUACCCGCCCGGACGUCGAAAAGGGCGAGGUCGUUUCAGCAGGUCCUUCCAACACCACCACCAUUCCGUCGGUAACCACCAUCCUCCUCUCCCCGCAAACCCUCUUCCACAUCCUCACCUACGCCUGCUCCUUCGGCUCCGAACUAGCCAUCAACUCCGUUCUCUCGUCUUACUUCCUCUCCGUCGCCCCUUCUUCCCUGUCCCAGACUUCCGCAGCCAACUACGCCGCCAUCUUUGGUUUUCUCAACUUUAUCACCCGUCCCCUGGGCGGGUUAGCCUCCGACUAUCUUUUUUCGUUCUUUGGCGGCUCUUCCCCUUGUUCUUCCCCUUCUUCUUCUUCCCUUUCCCCAUCCAGCCCAGAAGCAAAGCCAAAGGCAUUAUGGGCCCGCAAACUCCUCAUCACAACAUGUACCCUCCUCACCGGCACUUUCCUGUUGUUACUCGGCCUCCUCCGCCCUUCAUCACUCGGGACCGCCAUCGGGUUGGUCAUACUGGCAGCUAUCUUCAUCGAGGCCGGCAACGGGGCCAACUUUGGGUUGAUUCCGUUUGUUCACCCAGAGAGAAACGGGGUGGUGAGCGGAGUGACGGGCGCAGGAGGCAAUUUGGGCGGGGUGGCGUUUGCGUUGGUGUUUCGGUUUGUGGGCGGACAUGGAAUGAAGGGAGGGUAUGAGAAGGCGAUUUGGAUUGUGGGCAUCAUUAAUUUGGUGGUGGCGGUUGUGGGGGUGGGGAUUAAGCCUGUGCCUGUGGCGGGGAUGGGGAGUACGAAAAAGGAAGGGGGGAGGCGGUGGUUUUGGUGAGGUGGAAACGGGGGAGGGAAUAAGGUGGAGGGAAUAAAGGGGGGUGAUGAAUAAUGAGCGACGAUACUUUUUUUUUGGGAUUCUGGCUUGGUAAAGUGGUGUUUUGGGUUCAAUUUGUGGAGAGACGGACAGGACUUUACUAGUUGCAAGGUGUUUUGCAACUGAUGUCACGGCUUUGGAUACUUACUUGGCAAGCAAUGCAGUUAAUGAAGCCGAUUUU